AUGAAGAGGCAUCAGACCGCGGUCUUGCUGUCGUGCCUACUCCACAUCAUAAACAAAGCUCGCUACAUCUCGUCCAACCUGCGAAGGGCCUUCUUCAGGGCGGACCACAACGCUACCGAGCUGGAGGCGUACUUGAGUGCCCUGUGUCAGCUGAGAGCACUGCUUCAUCUGGCCCAGCGGCUGCUCUACGACACCCCCUGUGGACACCUGUGCACACUGCAGGACGCAGCGCUGAGCCGCCAUUUUGUGCAAGAGUACAGCUCCAUGCACAAGGCCUGCUUCUACGGCCGCUGCCUGGGCUUUCAGAGCUGCGCCGCAGCCUUCGUCUGGCAACGUCCGGUUAUUACUGCGCCGACGCCCAGCCGACUAUCAGCUACAGAGAAAGACUGUUCAGUGUCUUGGCACGAGGGACAGCAGUAUUUAGGUGCCAUGAAGACUGACAGCAUGGAGAACUACGCCACCCACUCCAAGCAGGCCACAGUGCUGCGGUCCUACUCCACAAGCACAUACUGUAGGGACGGCUUUGUGGAGUGGAUGUGGGGAUGGCUGGCCCGUAAACACCAGUGGGUGCUGCAUUCAGAUCCCCGUCUGCAUUUCGGGAAGUGCUGGCCCAUCGAAGGAGACAAGGGCCAGCUCCAUGUGCAACUGGCCCAGAGGAUCCGCAUCUCUCACGUCACUCUGGGACACAUCACACCAAUGCAGUCGCCCUUUGGAGAAACAACCACUGCACCCAAGCACUUCUCCGUCUAUGGAAUGAAGACUCCUGAUGGAGAAGAAAAACUUCUUGGAAGGUUUUUUUAUGACAAUCAGGCCUCAUCCUUCCAAACGUUCGCUCUCCCGGAGGAGAGCUCAAAGGGGGUUUGCCCAUGUGCGCCUGAAGGUGGAGACCAACUGGGGGAACACAGAGUACAGCUCAGGGGUACACAGCAGGGGUCCACCGCAGGGGUCUACAGCAGGGAUCCACAGCAGGGGUCCACAGCUGGGGUCUAUAGCAGGGGUCUACACCUGGGGUCCACAGCAGGGGUCUACAGCAGGGGUCCCCAACAGGCCGUGGCAGAGGCGCCCUCUUGUGGCCGGGUUCUGCCAGAGGUUUCUUCCUAA